GCAAACGUACAAAGUCAACAGGGGAUCAAAUACUUUUUCCCUCACUGUAUGCCCUUGUAGGGUGUGUACAAUCCGUGGUGGCUGCAUAGUGUCCAGAGUUUCUGUUAACCAAUCAUAAACAACUUUUUUUAUACAAACCACAUAAUUUGCAGAAAUCUAAAAUAAAAAAAUAUAUAUAACGUGAAUGUUCGGAUUUGUUUGCUGUGCGAAUAAAGUCUGCUUGUAUUUAUCCAGUAAAGCCUAAGUCUCAAUACUCUUAUUCAAAGGGUCCUGUUAUAUUGGGAUUUUAAACCAGUUUCAUUGUAAGGCAUGUUUUGUCUAUAUAUAUAAUCCGUUGUCAAUUCACUGCUGGAUGAGGUACCUCCCCAUAGCUUUCUCGUCAUGGGGUUCUUUGACCACACUUCACCACUCUGGUGCAUGCUGUUUGGUGAAGGUGAGCAAAGAUGUGUGAGCAUACAGUACAGGUUUCUCUCGCUUGAUGUGGGUUCCGUUUGUGUGAUUUUCACGUAAAUGUGGCUAUCAUAUUUCUACCCAAAAAUCGCCAUACGAUGCGGUUUGAAUUCACUAAGAUGCAGCUAUGCGGUAGGACGUGGGACAACAUUGUGUGUGCGUGUGUGCGCGCUGUGUGCGCUCACUCGUCAGACAGCUGUCUCGUGCAGUUUCACUUUGAGCAUCUACCGCACAAAGCGAGGGACACCCGUACAGAAAUGGACUUUGCUGCACUUUCCUUCUGCCGCCCUCCACACAACCCCACGCAGCUCCAGAACUGAACAUUAUUAUCCAGGCUCAGAACCACUUGGCUUCAGAGGUGCUCAUCUGUCGCAACUACCGCGGCGAUGUGGAGAUGUCGGAGAUCGAGCACUUUCUGCCGGCGCUGAUGGAGCGCGAGGAGGAGGGGAUGGUGUCGCCGGUGCUGGCUCACGGGCCCGUACGCUUCCUGUGGAUCAAGCACAACAACCUCUACCUUGUGGCCACUUCCAAGAAGAAUGCCAACGUUGCCCUCGUCUUUGCCUUCCUUUACAAAAUGGUCCAGGUCUUCUGUGAGUACUUCAAGGAGUUGGAAGAGGAGAGCAUUAGGGACAACUUUGUCAUCAUCUACGAGCUCAUGGACGAGGUCAUGGACUUCGGUUUCCCCCAGACGACCGACAGCAGGAUCCUGCAAGAGUACAUCACUCAGGAGGGGCACAAGCUGGAGGUCGGGGCCCCGCAGCUCCCCGCGACCGUCACUAAUGCGGUGUCGUGGCGGUCGGAGGGGAUCAAGUACCGCAAGAACGAGGUCUUCCUGGACGUCAUCGAGUCCGUUAAUCUGCUGGUGAGCGCCAACGGUAAUGUGCUGCGGAGCGAGAUCGUGGGCUGCAUCAAGAUGCGCGUGUUCCUGUCGGGCAUGCCCGAGCUGCGUCUGGGACUCAAUGACAAAGUCCUCUUUGAAAAUACCGGACGGGGUAAGAGCAAGUCGGUGGAGCUGGAGGACGUGAAGUUCCACCAGUGCGUUCGGUUGUCACGCUUUGAGAAUGACCGCACCAUCUCCUUCAUCCCUCCCGACGGCGAGUUCGAGCUCAUGAGCUACCGCCUCAACACGCACGUGAAACCGCUCAUCUGGAUAGAGUCCGUGAUUGAGAAACACUCCCACAGUCGCGUGGAGAUCAUGAUCAAGGCCAAGAGCCAGUUCAAGCGGCGCUCGACGGCGAGCAACGUGGAGAUCCAGAUCCCCGUGCCCAACGACGCAGAUUCGCCCAAGUUCAAGACCAGCGUGGGGACCAUCAAGUGGGUCCCUGAGACCAGCUCCAUCCUCUGGUCUGUCAAGUCCUUCCCGGGCGGCAAGGAGUUCCUGAUGCGUGCUCACUUCGGCCUUCCGAGCGUUGAGAGCGAGGUGCAGGAGGGGAAGCCGCCCAUCACGGUCAAGUUCGAGAUCCCAUACUUCACCACGUCGGGCAUACAGGUGCGAUACUUGAAGAUCAUCGAAAAGAGUGGGUACCAGGCCCUGCCGUGGGUGCGCUACAUCACGCAAAACGGAGACUACCAGCUCCGGACCAACUGAGGCGCCGGAGUUCCCGGUUACGCUGGCUCCCGUUUGCGACGCCGAUAACGGAGGGUGCUGUGAGACGCGCCUCCUACGUCGGUGCUCGGUCGGUGGCGACGGCACACCGGUCCUUCCACUCCCCAGCACCAGCUACUCCCCUCCGCCUCACCGCUUUUCCAAAUCGCCCGUCCAUCCGUCCGUCCGUCAACUCGUCAGCUCCCGCGCCCCGGGGGCUGCUGUAACGGUCCCAGUCCCCCCGUGCCGCUUGCUUGCCACCGUGUGGCUCCCUGCGGAUGCUUCUCGUCUGCCGGGGAUGAGCGAGGCAAAGCUGCUCCUGUGCCCCCCCCCCCUCCGCCCCCAUCGUCCCGUUCCUCUCCCGCACUUCAUUACAAAUUCCGGUACUGCCAAGAGUUCAGAGGUCACGUUCCGAUGGCGGUCGUCGUAGCCCCGUCGGUCGAGUCCCCCGAAGGUCGGAGUUGCCAGACAAAACCCCGCCUCCCUCUCCGUGCCGGGUCUCGUUUAAGGCGCCGUACUUGCCCCCGAAAUGUAUUGCCGGACGUGUUGACCUACUGCCUCUGUGGGAUGCCGGCCACCGUGGUUUUGCGCCGCAGGGAGACAACCGGAUCUCGUCGAUUGUCACCAGAAAUGUGGAAUCUUCACUCGACCAGCUUUGCGGCUGCCAAUAGAGGUGUGAGCGCUGCCCAACAAAAAGGAAUUUCUUUGUCUCUGUUUUCAUGAUGAUGAUGUUGUGGCUGUGCGAGACGGAUCGGGGUUUAUUGACACGGGCAGCCCGGGCUGGUCAUGGGAUCUCGAGUGGCACGGGGUAGCUUCCCAAUCCAGGCGGUCAGCGUCUCGCCAAGACCACCUUUACUCCAUGGGCCAGGCCAGAGCGGAUUUGGGUACCAGUAGUGGUGGAAAAUAUUCGGUGAUAUCAAGAUCGUUAUACGAUAUAAUAACAAUUGAUUGUGUAAUAACGUCGUACUCGGUACACGGGGCUACUGCAACAUUCACUCUUAUUGGCCAUUUAAAGAUGUUGGUCCAACUCUAGCUUUGCCAUCACAGAUGACACCAUUAUUAUAAUUAUCAUUUCGUUUGUUUGCCCAUGAAAGCCUCACCGAGUCUCAGGACGUUUAUUUUUUUUCAAGAGGGUCCUUGACAAGGUUUCAAAGUUGGGGGCGACGCUGCUGCUGCUGCUGCUUUGUGUAGCCUCAAUUGAGUAAUUUAUCAGCAUUGCGAUGUUUGGAUGAAAUCAGUUACACUGGAUGUGUGUUUUUUUCAUAGCUACGGGAACCUGGAGGAAACCCCAUGCAUAACAGGGGGAGUAUAUACAAAAUAACUCCUAAAAACUCCACAAAGGUAGUCAUCAUCAUCAUCACCUGUGUCGAGAAUCGAACCCAAGUUUUACCACUGCGAACCCAAGUCUUAACACUGUGCCACCCUACGAAACUUGUACGAACAGGUGAAAUAACUUGUACGAACAGGUGAAAUAACUUGUACGAACAGGUGAAAUAACUUGUACGAACAGGUGAAAUAACUUGUACGAACAGGUGAAAUAUUGGGUUUGGGCCCAUGGACUACUUUUGCCCCCCCCCAUCCCCCACGUCUUGCUGUGAAACUCACCUUGCCAAUGAAGUGUGCGUGUGUGUAGUAACACAGUGGCCACCGAUCUAUGUGUGUGUGUGUGCGUGCGGGUGUGGGUCUCUGAGCCGCGGUCGACCUGCGCGUGCGUGUGAGUUGGUCAUCGUUUUCCCCAUUUAAGUGUUGUCCUUGUUGCAGUUGUUGAGUAAAAAGUGUAAAAUGUUUGUAGCAGGCGGGUGUAGGGAAACCCCCCGAUACCGCCAAGGAGUCAGUAUUGUCGCGUAGAAUUCGAUUUUCGUUUUCGAGAGACCCGAUUGCGGGUUUAUCCCGCCGAGGGUUCGUCUGUUUAUUUUUAUUUUAUUUAACUUUGUACGGAAAGCGAAGGCUUAACUUUUUACGCCGAGCUUCGGUCCCGUUGUCUGUCGUCUGGAGAUGAUGUUACAUUUCGUACGGGCCGGUGAAAGUGUUUUUUUCGAUUCGAGCGGCUCGCAACAGCGCGUGGAAGUACGCGCCGUUUUAACGAACUGCCGAAACAACAUUGCCAGUCGAUACCGCAGUAAUGAACCUAUCGGUUGAGCGCACAGCAUUGUCUCUUCAACGAGGUGUCGGGCCAAACCUUUGAGCCAUGCCGUUACAGCCUCGCGUGCCAGCUGUGGCGUGCCGUAUGCUAAACCAUUACGCGUUGCUCCUGCCGCAUUAGAAGGGGUGGCUGUCUGCUCGUUUGCACAGCGACGACGGGGUGGAGGGUGGUAUUUUUCCCGCGUGGUCCCUAUCGAUGUAAUCUGACGGAUUCUGACGCUCGCUACAACACGCAUCGAUCGUUUACAGUUCACGCAAAUCGUUUUUUCGUCUUCUGUCACGGGGCUUAAUGUCUUCUGAAAUGUUUGCGUGACCCAGCCGCCGCAGCGAUGCACAUCAUGCAUGCGGCGUGCUCGAUGCGGGAAUAUUUUCCGGGGUUCCCGACACCCUGGGCAGACCAGGCUGAAAUUAAAAGCCCGUAUGUGCUACCCAUCACUCUUUGAGCGGGGGAGGGGUGGGGGAUGUAGUCAAGAGAGAGCGCUGUACAAAAGAAAUGCCGACAAACAAAAAACACAACACAAAUGCUCAUUUCCAUCGUUGAAAUGCAACGGCGUUGCUCAUGAAACGGUCGCACCAUUCACCAAGGGCUUCGCACAAAACAUUGCGUGGUUUCGCGGCUCCUUUCAAGGGAAAACGAUCGAUAAUCAAAACGGCUCCUGUCUUGCCGUUACACAACUUAGGUUUUGUGCCCUGGGUUGAGCGGCGUGCGUUUUGAAGCGGUGUUGAGAAAGUGUAAUUUUACAUGGCCUUAGAUGAACAUGUUCCGGUAACGCGUCUACGGCGGCGUAUUUAACAUGUGUGGAAAUUACGCCACGCCAAGUCUUCUCUCUUACCGAGAAUUUGGUGGUGUUUUGCCCGAUCUCGUCAGAUCUCGGAAGCUGAGCAGGGUUUGAGCCUGGAUAGUGCUUUCGGGGGCGGAUCACCACGCAUAGUAGUGGGGAGCAACAAAAUCCAUUUGCUGUGCCAUACUUCUAUGCUCUCACACUUGUACUUCCCGCCUUCACCAACUCCGCUCUGGCCAGCGUGAUGAAGUACGGUCAGGCAACAAACCCGUCCACGAUCAACGUGGCGUGCCGGAGUGCGGGUGGACGAGUCCUUGAACCAAACAGUGGGUUGAUUAAAAGAGGGGGGGGCCUUAAAUGUGCGUGGAAGGGAAGACGCUCCGGUGCCAACAGCAUUUGUGACGUACUAACAAGCGUUGGUGGGGGGGGGGGGGAGCGUUCCACCAUCGUCUGUGUUUCUAGCUCUGGCGACGUGAAACAAAUAUAUUUGUACUCGCCCAUUUAACAAAGCUUCAGAUUUACAUCAAACAGCCGUACAACACUGCCUCUUUGUUUCUAUUACGAGAUGAAAAAAACAGGUUGUUGUUGUUGUCUUUCGCGACUUAAGGGCUGACCACGUGAGGCUGUGGGUGACGUUUUAACAACGUUCACGUGUGGAGAGACACCACAGGGCCCUUUAUCCUUGAUAAUUGCCGCCCUAAAAACAAAAAUAAGCCAAGGUCCGCUCUGGGGUUUCUGCGCUUUCUGUAAAAAAAACACAAGGCGAAGAGAUUUCCAUUCGGAACCCUCAUAGAAAGCAGUGUGACGUCACCCCCCCCCCCCCCCGCCCUACGGAAUGCAUUGUGACGUCACCACCACCUUCCCCGUUAAAGAACGGCCACCGGAAGAUGACAUCACAGAACUGCUGCUGAGGGUCACUUCAAUUGCAUUUGCUUCUUAAACAUAUCAAGUUGUGCGCUCUCGGGAUGCCCCUGCUGUGUAAGUGAACCGGACAAUAUAAAAUCCCCGCCUAUCUUUACCUACGUGGUCAAUCGGGGAUGAUGAGGAUGAUGAUGAUGUCAUAUAUGGCUUGACGCCUUGAUUCCAUCGGUUUUUAAUUAUUUACAUUUCACCGGUAGGAGACGUCGCAGGAAGUGAUGUCACUUGGCUCGAUGCUCUGCUCAUCUCACGAGAGAUGCUUCGGGACGACGAUCGGCGCGGCCCUUCCGUUUGACAACGGGGUGAAGGCUGCGGCUGUGAUUCUGGCGUCGCGUUCGUACGAACGGCUUCGUGAACACCGGCUAAAGACAAAUAUCGUUUGCAAUUUUUAAUGUCUACAUAUUUGCGUUUUGGAGAAGAUCUAUUUAUGUUACAUCGCCGUUUACAUGAGAAAAUAAGUCGGUUUUAAUAAACGGCUUUGACCAAACCGUUUUAAACAAAAUAAGCCACCUCCAUGCAACAUUUUGAGAAAUAAUGAUAACCGGGUUUAUUUUAACUGGGUUUCUAAAUCUACCCCCCCCCCCCCCCCCCACAUCCGUCCAUCCUGCAGGAUGAGUGGGUGGCGCCGCAGUCGAUCGGCAGCAGCAGGUCGUGUGUUGGUGGGCUAAAGUGUGGGUACUCCCACCUCUUCAAAUGUGUCUGCCCAGCGUGGAAGAGUAGACCAGAUACCCUCUAUGGAAGGGCUUUACUUGAAGGCCCUCUCCGUGGUAGGCCCCGCAGGGAGUGGCACAGACGAGUAAUGCCAGGGCUGCACCGUUACCGUUACACAUCUGGGGUCCUGGACCGUGCCUGCUCGGGGCCACGUGUGUAGCUCCGCUGACGGUGGGACCCCAGGCCUGCACCAUGCUUCUCUCUUACAAACUGAAUGCAUAUUUGUUGUUGUUGUAACUCCGGCCGACGAAAGCAUUUUCCCCAACCGGAAAGUCAUUGACGCGCAGUGUUACCCGUUUCGUACCCGCAGGCGUGCAGUACUGAACAGGAGUACCGCAGAAUAAAUGUCUGGUUUUUUUUUGUUUUGGCCGCAUUAUUCUGUUGUUGUUGUUGCCGCUGUUACUGCUUGUCUCUCGCUUGGGGUUUUUUUUUUUGGGACAUCCCCGACUCGGUGACUUUGACUGACUAUUGACGAGGCUGACAUUUCCUCGAAGACUCGAGCAGAACUUGAGAUUUCGGGGCGAUUUGUGACCGCUCUUUCUCUCUGCGGCGAGACCGGGGCGCGCGACUCGGAUCGAUGCGAGCGGUGACAUUGUCCGCUAAUUGGAUUCCACCUCAAGGGGGUCAUCCCGAAAGGUCAACCGUGCACAGCGUUCGUUUCCAACGCCUUGUCGGGAGACUUCCUCGCCUGGCUGUUUUGACCGCUGUAACCCGCCGCGCGUCUGCAUCACUCGUCCGCCCUCGGCAAUUGACCACCGUCGCACAGCGCAGUAAUUGGACACGGUGUCACUGUCACUUCCCGUAGGCGUUUGCAAGUCUGGCAUUUUCAUGCGCAGUGAUAUGUAUUGUUAAUAUCGCGUGCAUUUGUUAAAACGAAUUAAAAGCAUUUCCCACCGCUCCCCC